AUGUUUCAAACGAAUAUUGCAACAAUUACCACUAAUUUUCACAACCUACAGAGCAUCAGCCAAGAGCAGCUGGAGAAGACGGCCCGGACCUUCCGGCAGGUUUGCCAACCGAAGCAUAAAAUAACAGAUGCCGUAGCAGACAAUGUUAACCGUGGCAUAUUUGCCGAGACGAAAGAUUUCAAGUGCUACGUUAGCUGCCUGUUGGAUAUUAUGCAGGUGGCGCGCAAAGGAAAGGUAAACUAUGAGAAAUCGCUCAAACAGAUAGACACCAUGCUGCCGGAUAACAUGAAGCCGGCCUUUCGGGCUGGCCUGGAAGCGUGUAAAACGGCCGCCCAAGGAAUUAAAGAUCACUGCGAGGCGGCCGCAAUACUGUUGCAGUGUUUUUACAAGAACAAUCCAAUGUUUGUUUUUCCAUAGCAGUUUAGUAG